AUGUCCUUGUCCAAAGAGGUGGCCAGCGUGACCAAAGCGAUGUGUGGUGCCAGCUGCUGUACGGACCACGGCGUUGUUAUGUCCAAAAAUGAGGCUCCAACUGAAACCUCGCAUGAGACUGCACGGUAAGUCAACCUCUGAUAGGUGCCUUUUGGCUGGAUAUUGUGAAACACCAGUUGAAUUUUAACAGUUGCCUUACUUCCCACCACGAUUAAAUGCAGGCCUUGUAGGGGAGUGUCCUUGUCGAGCCAGAGUCGAGUGGGUUGUGGGAUGUCAUUUUGGCCACCGCCAUGAAAUGCUUCGGUUGCGCACACCGACAGCGCCAGGGCUGAUCCGAUGAUCCUAACAAAUAAUUUCGAAUUCUGCUCUCCGAGGAAUACAGGAUAGACAGGACCGAAAUCACCAACAGGCGCAACACCAGAAAAACUGCAUUUAGUGUGUGGCCAAUCUCAUGUAAGUUGUCGAAAUUUACGGCAGGCUGCUAAUCACUAGCAAACUGGUACAAACAAAUGGACAAAAGCAUUGAAAAAGUAAUAAAACGACUUUAAGCGAAUUGAAAACGUAGCGGAAGCAUUCUAAUAAAUAUAACGUUGUUUAUAAAUGCCAACCAUUUUAGAACAGCGCAAAAUUCCGAAAACGUUGAAAAUCGUUGUAAUUGAGUAAACUUAAGUUUUAGAUGCACAGAAGGCCUGUUUAUGCAAAAACUGGGGAAAUCAAAGCAAUAUUAACAUAACUUUAGAAAUUAGUCCUUUAGUGAAGUGUGCGCUUAACUUUCCUUUACGAAAAAGUGUGAUAUCAGGUGUGGCGGCUAGCCAAUAGCCUACAAUUUGAAUAUAUAUUCUAACAAGGUUGCCAAAGAAAAACAGGAAUUCGCUUAACUUUGCUGUUAGAGACAUAAGGGUGGGCAUCGCCGCACUCAGCGGAACCCGAUUACCCGACCAAGGCCAACUAGAGGAGGCGAGUGUCGGUUACACCUUCUUCUGGAGCGAUCACCCCAAGGCAGAACGACGGGACAGAGUCGUCGCCUUUGCCAUCCGGAAUGACAUCAUGGGAAGACUGUCCUGUCUGCUGCAGGGCACCAACGAUCGCUUGAUGAGUUUCCGCCUGCCUCUCCGAGUAGACGAAUUCAUCACCAUCGUCAGCGUCUAUACUCUCUGAUGACUAGCUUGGACACGACAAAGAACAAGUUCUGCGAAGACCUGCACAUCCUCCUAGCAACUGUGCCGAAGGCGGAUAAGUUGAUUAUCCUUGGUGACUUCAACGCCCACGUCGGAACAGGUCAUGCUGCCUGGAGAGGAGUGCUGGGUUCCCAGGGUCUCGACGGCUUCAAUGACAAUGGCCUGCUCUUCCUACAAACCCGCGCAGAGCGUCGGCCCAUCCUGACCAACACCUUCUUCCGCCUUCCGAGGCUAGAGGUCACCUGGAUGCACCUCAGUCGCGACAUUGGCACCGGCUGGACUAUCUCCUCGUCCGACGGCGAGAGCAGCGGGACGUGCUGUUGA